AUGUCCCUUCCUGCGGUCGACCUCAAUUCUUUGGUGGCCACCCAAUAUUUAUCGGCGGUCGCGGUUACACUGACGCUCUAUGAACGCCUACUUGUAUUCGAGAAGGAGGUCGAGUUGAUAUGGCGACAGCCAUGGUCAGCGCUGCCUAUACUCGUCCUCCUUGAUAUGUACGGAAGGCAGGCCAGUAUGCUGUUCAUCGCAUACGUGGUAAGCGGCAUCUCGACCAACAUCAGUGACUCUUUGUUAGCCUUCAACCGAUUUAUCGCGACAUACGGACUGUUGAGCACUGCUUCGAUUCAAUUUGUAUUGGUUCUUCGUAUUUAUGGUCUCUGGGACAACCGGCGCAUCAUCACUAUAGCUCUAGUAGGCGGGUUUGUCGUAUUUUACGGCAUCACAGUGGCGUUUGCCGUCGUCUCUACAAUUCAAACAUCUGCGACCGCACAAUAUAACGAGGUCUACCACGCGUGUGGAGUGCCGCAUAGACCGCUGUAUCUCAUAGGCGCAUAUGCAGGAACGCUCGCGUAUUAUAUUUAUGUCAUGAUUCUCCUGGUCAUCAACUCUUUGAACAGGCCUCGGAAACGCGAUUUCGAGAUCAUCAAGAAUCUAUACCGCGAUGGAGUGUGGACACUGCUGGUCUUCACAGUUCUCCAGCUAGCGCGGUUGAUGCCUGCGAUCUUUGGAGGGACGGCGCAGACAUUGCUUACCCCUUUGAUUACGUGGGCGCUGGACGGGAUUCUGAGCUUCCGACUCUAUCUGACAUUGAAACAAGUCGAAGUGGAUGCUCGGAAAGGAUGGAAGACUGUUACCGGCUCGCAGCAGGUGUUCGUCUUCGAAGAAGUGGAGAUGGACUUGAAGUAA